CAACCCCAACCAGACCUGAAGGUACAGCGGCUCAUCAUGAACGUCAUCUGUGACGCCGACCUGGGCAAGGUGACGCGCUGCAUGGAGCACGCCCUGGGCGCCUGCCACCCGCGCACCCGCUACAGCGCAGGCUGGGAUGCCAAGCUGCUGUGGCUGCCUGCCUCCUACCUGCCCGCCUGCAUCGUCGACUUUGUGCUGGCCACCAUCCUGCCCAAGCCAGCCCACCACGUCCGCUAGCUGCUCCCCUAAAGCAGCUACCAGGACCCCAGCGUGUGCUUGGGGGCCCCCAGUGCUGCAAUAAAGCACUCCUCCUUG